GCGAGAUAGGUUUAAAUCAUUUACCUGAGAUAUUUAAGACAGUUUAUUUACUGACAGUUAGUUCCUAGCAAAGUGUCGUGAGUUGUGUUUGACAACACCUGUUCCGUUUGACAUUCACGCAUGCGAGUUUUUAUUCAAAAUCCGUUCAAUCUGGAUAGCUAUUUUUCCCGCCAACCUUCAAACACAUGUGAACUCAGUCCGAGGCGACCAAUUCCAAGAGAUAUUGCGAUAUUGACAAGUAAAAUUACAGCAGACAUUUUGGGUGGAAUCCAGCCUAAAAUAUCGAAAUAGUUAUGAAUAUCAAAAACAAUGGAACAUUCCGUACUGGUAGUUUUGACAACAACGAAAAGUCUGAUGGACUGGAGCAGAAGAAUACCACAACGACAACGCUUAGCAUAUCACCUAAGUUUAAUUUCUUGAAUGAACAGGACGGUUGUAAUAAAAAAGGUUUGGAUAAACAGAAGUCCGUUGAGUCGGGAAUAUGUUCUGCAAGUGAAUGUGAAGCUAUAUUGGACAGAGAAAAAUGGUACUAUGUCGCCAUCCAAAUAUUUAUACCAUUUAUGAUAGCUGGUGCGGGUACUAUAGGAGCCGGAGUGGUACUUGGAAAAGUAGAGAAAUACCCGGUAUUCCGGGAAAUAAGAGCGCUGUUCAUUUUGGUGCCAGCUCUUCUGGGUCUAAAAGGAAAUUUAGACAUGUGCCUUGCCUCAAGAUUAUCCACACAAGCAAACUUGGGCAACAUGAAAGGAAAAAAAGAGGUUUUUAGGAUGAUUGUCGGCAAUAUUGGACUUGUGCAAAUUCAAGCGAUAGUAGCAUCCUGUAUCGUGUCUCUGUUUGCUAUUGGCGCGUCCGCCAUUUUAAAUGGAAAGUUCACUUGGAGCCAUGCCUAUCUGUUAUCAGUCUGUUCAGUGCUAACAGCGACUUUGUCUUGCUUUGUGUUAGACAUUGUCCUUAUAUGCGUGAUUUUCAUUUCACACAAAUUGAAAUUAAAUCCGGACAAUUUAGCAACACCGUUAGCAGCAAGUAUUGGUGAUGUCGUAUCUCUAUUAACUUUGUCCGUUUGGGCUAGGUUAUUGUUCACUAUAAGUGAUUCUCAUCAAUGGGUUAUGUUCGCUAUUUUGGCAAUUUACGUAUUUCUGAUCCUGCCAGGAUGGAUAUUGAUCGUUAGAAAAAAUGACUACACCAAGAAAGUUCUUUACAGGGGAUGGACUCCUGUCUUGUCUGCAUUGUUCAUUAGCGGUGCUGGUGGUUUGGUUUUGGACCAAGCAGUGAAUCAAUUCCAAGGAUAUGUAAUAUUCCAACCUAUAAUUAAUGGAAUUGGUGGAAACUUAGUCUCUGUGCAAGCCAGUAGAACCUCGACUAUGCUUCACAAGACAUCAAUUAAGGGAGUUAUUCCACUUCAUAGCAAGCAGUGGGUCGCCCCGUGGACAGCAUUAAUUAGUGGAGUAUUUCCUGCAAAAACAGCAAGGCUUCUGCUAGCUAUGUCAAUUCCUGGACAAAUAAUUUUCGUAAUAUCAGCUGAUCUGAUGUCUAAUGGUGGUACUCUCAUGGCAAGGGCUCCAUUCAUAGCUUGCUAUCUUGGUGUGAGUAUUAUUCAGCUGAUGAUUCUACUAUAUACUGCGCAUAUUAUGGUACAUACGAUGUGGAAAUUCAAAAUGGAUCCUGAUAACUCAGCUAUACCAUACUUGACAGCCCUAGGUGAUCUUCUGGGCUCAACUUUACUUUGGUUAGCAUUUAUGUUUAUAGAAGCUAUAGGUCAACCAUACAUUGCACCGAAAAAAUAACAUUAAAACUCAGUUCGAGAGUGACUGAUGAUAUAAUGUAGAAAUCAUGGCUGUGCAGAUACCUAUAUAUUGAUAAUGUGUUUAGCCAUUUAAGGUGUAUAAAUUUAAGCUAUCAAUGAAAGAAAUGACUAAUUUGAGUUAGAACUAAAAUUAGGCUACCUACUUACCUACCUACUUAUUUUGCAGUUAUACAUCAGACCUAUUAUUUUUAUUAUUAUGAAAUUUAUUUGUAGAAAUUAAGUUGACAUAAAAUACUACAACCGAGUGUGAAGAAAACAAAAGGUUCGCUUUAACGCCACUUUUUGGUGGGUGUUAUUCAUUUGACACACCAGUCCUGUCCGACAAUUGGUGUAUUUUUGGUUUUCGAGGUAUUUUCUGACUUUUUCAAAGACCCUUAAUAUAAUGUAAGGAGAAAUAAAGAAAAAAAUAGGAAUUGGGUUUUUGCUUGUUAUAGCAAAAGCAUUAUUUCCUUAUAGACUCUUGUCUUCCGGAGACAGUCAGGCAAUUCCUUAAAUAAAUUAUAAAUCAAAUCAAAGCCAUUGUCACAAGAGAAAACUUAUUGAUAUAGCAGGAAUAUAGGAAAAAUGUAAGCAAAUACAAAAACCAAAUUGAAACCCAAGAAUUUUCAAGAAUGAAAACACAGAAGUAAUCUUAACAUCAGCGCAAGAGAAAAUUUGACUUUAUAAAAUAAUAGAAGAAUAACAAAAACUUUCCAUUCGUAUCUCAAAUUUUACCUCAAAUUCUUUAAAAAAAGCUACUUACUUCUUUCUUUCUGUCUUGUGCUUUUUCAUUUUUACGCUGUUGCCAAAUAAUUCUAAUAAUUAGCCAAGAUUCGUUCCAGAUUUUAUGGGUCACCUUAUCUUUAAGGUUAACCCUAAAGCCAAGCAUCUGCUUGACUUAGAUUGUUUUAAAAAAAAAUCGGUGCGAAUGGCUUUUUAUGUCGGAACUCAUUUCUUAGCUGAUCUCCGGAUUUUAACGAUACAUCGAUUAAAUGACCUCUUAUUUACCUCAGCGGAAUUGAAAACAUAUUCCACUGAUUUUUUUCUCGUUUGGUCAGCAAAAUUUUAAUUUUGAUUGAUUUGAAUCUGGAUUUUAAGUUUGUUCUCAUAGAUAUUAAUUUUAGGGUAAAUUUAUGUUGUUAAACACCUAAUAAUAAGUAUGGUUUACAUGUAUUAUUACAGCCAAGUAUUAAAAAACGCCCAUAAUGUCUCUGUUUAUUUGUGAUAAAAAUGAAGACAUGUUAAGAAUAGUGAUUAUUCCUAAGUUUUAGUUUUUUUUUUUAAAUAUGUUCAACUCAAGAAAUAAUUAUAAGAAAUUCAAAUGUUUGUAGUUUUAAUAAAUAAUUAUAAACA